AUGUCUGUUAAUAUCUAUCUAUCUAUCUAUCUAUCUAUCUAUCUAUCUAUCUAUCUAUCUAAUUUUAACCUACAAAGGGAUUCAGAUGUCAACAGCUGGAACGAUUCGAUUGUCUGCAGCCAAACCCCGGAGGUGAGACCAUUCAAAGCGGAAUACUCGAAAUCAGGGUCCUUUGAUAUCGGACAAGCGAAUGAAGGAUCUGUCUAUAUCAUUUCUGUCCAGGACGGCACAGUAAAUACUGGAUUUGUUGAAGGGAAGUCCGAUGAAGAUUUGUCCUUUGAUUGCGGCUGCUCCAAAACAGAAGAAUCUCUCAGUGGACAGCUGGACAUCAUCAAUCAAUGUACUGAAGCUGGUGAAACAAAGUUGGAAAAUAUUUCGUCCGGAGAAAACGAACAAGACAAGACAGUUAUGCUAACAGUAAGGAAAAUGUAUAUCUAUCUAUCUAUCUAUCUAUCUAUCUAUCUAUCUAUCUAUCUAUCUAUCUAA